GCCGGUAUUUGGUGAGGAUUUGCCCUUGUCCUCCGGCCCGCCUACCCCUUUCAGAUCCCUCCCCACUUCCUCUUCCUCUCCUCCCCCCUUCUCUCCCUUCAAGCCAUGCAGCCGCCAGUCCUCGUCAUCAGACACAGACCUCAGUUUGACGCCUAAGACGGGAAUGGGCAGUGGGGGCAGCGCAGGGAAGGAGGCGGGGCCCUUGAAGACGCUGCUCAGACAACAGACACAGACGGCUCUGGAGCAGAGGGAGUUUCCCUUCUUCACCUUGACCUCCUUUCCACCUGGUUUUCUGGUUCAUGUUGGUGGAGUGGUCAGUGCUCGUUCUGUCAAACUACUGGACCGCAUCCAUAACCCCGAUGAACCAGAGACUCGUGAUGCCUGGUGGGAGGAAAUUCGCCAAGAAAUCAAAUCACAUGCCAAAGCUCUAGGAUGUCAUGCUGUUGUAGGGUACAGUGAGAACACAAGCAUCUGUGAAGAGGUGUGUAUUCUGUCAGCUUCAGGCACAGCAGCCAUCCUCAAUCCUCGGUACAUGCGUGAGGGAUGCCUGGACUUUGGAAGCACCGACCACAGGUUUGAGGAACCAUCACCCCCAACCUGUGGCUUCUGUCACAUUCCAUAUGAUGAGCUCAACAUGCCAUUUCCUGCUCAGCUCGCGUAUUGUUAUCAAUGCAGACGGCAAAAGGUUCCUGAUGUGCUUUUCACAACAAUUGACUUGCCACCAGAAGCAGCUGUCACAGGAAAAGGCUGUCUUAUUCAGGCCAGACUGUGUCGUCUGAAGAAGAAAGCUCAGGGAGAAGUGAAUGCCACGGCCAUCUCCAACUUGCUUCCUUUCAUGGAAUAUGAGCUGCACACUCAGCUGAUGAACAAGCUGAAACUGAGGAGCAUGAAUGCUCUGUUUGGUCUGCACAUACAGAUCAGCGUUGGAGAAAACAUGCUUCUGGGACUCGCUUCUGCUACAGGAGUGUACCUGACGGCUCUGCCUGUACCAGGAGGGAUCCAGAUUGCUGGGAAAACUCCCUGCGACCUGAACAAUGAGCAGCAUAUCUCCACUAUCCAGAAAAGAAUCAACGACACCAUUGCCAAGAACAAAGAGCUCUACCAAAUAAACCCUCCGGAGCUGACAGAGGAAGGAGUGGGUUCUCCGAUCCCCGAGCCGAGGCAGCGGUCCAGACUUUUCCGCUCCCACUCAGAAAGCUCAGAUGAAGUCUCAGAGCUAGAUCUGUCUCAUGGCAAAAAAGAUGCCUUCGUCUUGGAGAUUGACGACACUGACGCUGUGGAGGAUAUCCACUCUCUUCUCACCGAUGCCUCUCCACCUUCAGGUUUCCACAGCUGCAACACUGAGACGAUGCCUGGGAUUUAUAACUGGACUUCAGGAGUACAGAUGUUUACAUCAGUUAGAGUCCUUAGGCUGAGCAAUACCAAUCUAACUAACCAAGGCUUAAACAAGAUAUUCACUGAUCUUUGUGAGAAUCUGCUAAAGAGCUUUUACUUCAAGUUGCGCUCCAUGGUUCCCUGCUGUCUUUCUCAUCUCAACUUCACUGUAGCAGUGCCUGAAGAAGAGCUUGUUCAGGUCUCGGUGACCGCAGUUGCCAUGACGUUUGACAAAGACCAGAAUCAGGAAAAGCUGUUUGAGAAGUCCGUCACAAAAGGUGGCAGUGAGACUGAAGAGCAGCUGCAGUUUCCUUUAGAGUUGUGUGCCGACUCAUCUACCAGCUCUCAACCAUUUUCCAAAAUUUCAGGUGUCCCCGAGAAUACCAGUGUUUCAGCUAGAGCUGCCUCCGUUGAUUACAGUUCCUUUGCAGACAGAUGCAGCACCUGGCUAGAGCUGCUUAGGCUGAAAGCGCACACCAUAAGACGAGGAUCAGUUAAGACAAGUAGGAGGACACAGUCUCUAGCACACUCUGUCUCGUCUCUGGAGCACUACAGCCCGCUACCCGACGUGCGCUCGCGCUCGCUGCGCUCCAGCCGUUCGUUUGGAAGCAGCUCCGUGACCACGGUCAAGAUGACGCCGCUCUCCUUCCUCCCCGGGACGCGCAUCAUGAAAUACCUCGGCAUCAUCAACAUGUUCUUCAUCAGAGAGACGACGUCUCUACGGGAGGAAGGCGGGGUGAGCGGCUUCCUUCAUUCCUUCAUCGCAGAGGUGUUUGCCAUGGUUCGAGCCCACGUCGCGGCUCUGGGUGGAAACGCAGUGGUGUCCUACAGCAUGAAGGACUGUGUUUUAAUGGAAAACCCAAACAAGAACCAGGCUCAGUGUCUCAUUAACGUGAGCGGUGAUGCGGUUAUAUGCGUCAGGGAGACGGACCAGGAGCAAAUGACCUCAGUGACAAACACGGGACAGACCUGCGCCGCUGAUGCUACAUGACAGUAAAUCUGUCUUAUGUGGCAGGAACAACUGUCCAAGUGGAGACACUCUCAUACGUCUAGACAUCCAAAUUUAAUGCAGAGUUAGCCUUAAACACAUCCAAAGGUCCAAAACGUUCAGUUUGUGUGAAUAUGGGGAGUCCAAUGUACGUUGGAAGAAUGUGGUUCCAAGAGUCCAACCUUUUCUGAUUUAAAGUAGCCAAAGGACCCCCUUUCUUUUGUAUUACAGCUGUGCUCAACAGCUGCAGCGUGUCGGUCGUCCCGUGGUGUUUGAGUUCCAUGUUAGGCAGCUAGAGCUAAUGUGUCCGUCUGCAAACCACAAACCUAAUUUAAAUUUCUGUGCUAAAAGGGAUGCAGACUGUUUCAGUGCAGACAAAAUCUUGCAGCGUUUGGCUCUGGUCUGCAUAAAGUGUCAAGUGUUUGAAUUUUAGGGCACCAGAGGAAUAAAUCACAGUCCGGGGCCGGCAUUUAGAAGCAAGAUUCCAAACUGAACAUGUUUACUGGUGUCCGAUAUUAAUAUUUGCUGUCAGUAUUUUUUCUAAACAAGUUGGCUUACAGAAACUUUUUUUUUUUUCCGGCAAGUGUCAAAUGACUGUCACAUUAAAGUUUUAUUUGUGAUAUUUUAUUGUCUGUUUAGGUUACUGGCAUGCAUGAAAAAUGCCUGAACUUCAGGUGUGAUAUACAACAUGUUUGGAGAGAAAAAACUUCCCUUUUAGAUCAGCUAACAUGAAUCUCAGUGACGAUAAUUUAUAAUAACAUUUUAUUUUUUGGCUUUAUUUUGAAUUAUUUAAAAUUAUGGCAUAAUUAUUAUGACGUCUGGGCAAACGGUGAUGGUUUAUUGUUAAAUAUAUAUAUCAACUAUACCGAUAUGUCACGCAAAGAAUCCAGCUGAGGGCUAGUUUCAGAUAAAAAGAAUAAAGUCUGAGAUUUGAUUAGAUUCUUCAGGUUUGGUCUAAAUAAUCUUACAUCUCCUUCGUCAGCAGAUCUAAGAUAAUCCCCUCCUCCUCAUAAAUCUCCACUUUCUGUGUUACUCAAAAAACACUCACUGCUGAACUUUCCAGCACAUGAAGCAUCUUCUAGUCUUGAUGCCACCUGAAAAUAAAUUGUAAAUGUUCUCCAAAAUCAGAUUUUUGUAUUUUUGUAGCA